AUGCGCAUUCGCACCGCCGCCUUCCUUCUGGCAGCGGCCCAUCUGGUCUCUGCUCUUCCAGUCCGCAAUGUAUCGAGUUACGAUAACAUGCCACACGGAAUGCCCUAUCCAAGCGAUAAACAGUUGAAGAUGAUUGAGGAGUACGCACACGGGACCCUGCCAAACGGACCUCCUCCACCUGGCAUCAGCGAACCCGGAAUUACCAACCUCAAGUUGGUCGCAUUCAAUGAACUGUUUGAAGUUGCAUUCUUCAAUGAACUGAUUACGAACAUCACCGAGAAAGUCCCGGGGUACCGCUUCUCGAGUGAGGAUGAUCUUGAUUACGUAUUGAGGAGCUUGAGAACAAUCUUGGCUCAAGAGGAACUCCAUGCCCUAGACGCCAACAACGCCCUGGACAAUGUUGGCAUUGAACCCAUCGAGCCUUGCCACUACAAGUUCCCAGUCGACAACUUCGAUGCAGCCAUUUUGCUCGCUAGCACCUUCACAGAUGUCGUUCUGGGCACCCUGCAGGAUGUCGUGGAGCGAUUCGCUAUGAAUGGCGACUUCGGACUGUCAAGAGAGGUUUCUUCCAUCGUCGGCCAGGAGGGAGAGCAGCAGGGCUGGUUUCGUAUCAUGCAGGGCAAAGUCCCUAGUGAGCUGCCCUUUUUGACAACCAGUGAUCUCAACUUUGCCUUCACUGCGAUUCAAAGCUUCGUCGUGCCUGGCACCUGCCCCAAUAUCGACUCCAUUCCACUCAAGACUUUUCAACCUCUCGAUAUAAUCACAACUCCGACAGCGAGGACCGCAAAUAUCAGCUUUGCCUUCGCCCAUUCGCACCACACCAACGACACUAGGCUGUGGAUGACUUAUAUAAACCAGCAGAACUUGCCCAUCGUGGAGCCUCUUCAGGUCGUCGAGAACGAGGGAGACGAUAUUGUUGCGAAGGCCUUGUUCCCUUAUGACACACAUGAGAUGAAUGGGUUGACCAUUGCUGCGGUGACACCAACGAAGGGACCAUUCCCGAAUGCGUGGAGUGUGGCCAACGAGACUCUUGCUGGCCCUGGGCUUAUCAUCGUCAACUGA